CCCUCACAGCAUGAGGUGGUGUGACUCACCUCCUGCCAGCACAGAGUGGACUCUGCCCCCAGGGACAGGAACAUAACAGUAAGGGCCUCUUCAGCCCUGACUUGGCCCCUUCUCUCUGCUCAGUGUGACCAGAGCUUGAGACAGAGAAACAUGGAGUCCAACACAAUCCAGCUGACAAGGAUGGACUAUGCCCUGAAGUCUCUCAGCCUUCUGUACCCCAAGUCACUGUCCAGGCAUGUGGCCGUGAGCACUGCAGUGGUGACACAACAGCUGGUGUCUAAGCCCAGCCGGGAGCCCCCCAGGACAAGGCCCUGUCGUGUUAGCACCGCAGAUCGGAAGGUUCGCAAAGGCAUCAUGGCUCACAGCCUGGAGGACCUCCUGGGCAAGGUCCAGGACAUCUUGAAGCUUAAGGACAAGCCCUUCUCCCUGGUGUUGGAGGAAGACGGCACGAUCGUGGAAACUGAAGAAUACUUCCAAGCCCUAGCAAGAGACACCGUGUUCAUGGUCCUGCAGAAGGGGCAGAAGUGGAAACCCCCAUCAGAACAGCGCAAGAAAAGAUCCCAGCUGUCCCUUUCCCAGAGGCCGACUAAGAAGAUCGACGUGGCCCGGGUGACCUUCGACUUGUACAAGCUGAACCCUCAAGACUUCAUCGGCUGCCUCAACGUGAAGGCGACCCUCUAUGACACGUACUCGCUUUCCUAUGACCUGCACUGCUACAGGGCCAAGCGCAUAGUGAAGGAGAUGCUCCGCUGGGCCCUCUUCAGCAUGCAGGCCACAGGCCACAUGCUGCUUGGCACCUCCACUUACAUGCAGCAGUUCCUGGACGCUGAAGAAGAGCAGCCUUCUAAGCCCAAGCCCUCCUCCCUCCUCCCCGCCUGCCUGAGGAUGCUGCAAUGAAGACCCAAGUCCUCAGAGGC